AUGAAGCAGAAAAGAGGAGGAAAAUUUGUUUUUGAAGGGAAGUUCCCCUUAAUUAAAUUUGGAAUUUUUGAAGAAAGUGAGCAGUCAGACUCAGAAGAUCAAUCCAUUCCUACAGAGACUGAAGACGUUGUGUUUUCAACUUCUAAACCAGAAAUUGAGGAGGUUCAUAUUUCUCCUACAGCUACAGUGGCUAAGGAACAUGAUCAUAUAGACUUCACUGGGAUCAGUGAUGAUAUCCAUACAAAUAUUGAGCUUGAUCUUGACGAUGAAGAUUUUGGUCAUCUUCCAGAAUUUGCCAGCAGCUGUUUUAAUAAAGUCAAUGAAGUUGCUCCUUCGGCAACCAAGACUGGGGAAGAAAGUAAUGUUCUCAAAAUUUUGCUCUCCACAUCCAAGCCCAUGGAGAUCCCUUCAAGUCAAGGAGAUGUGAAUUCAGAGAUUCCUCCCUCUGUUUCAACUAUCUCAAAUUUUGCUCAGCUUGUUUCUGAAUCAUCUCAGCCCCAAACCUCCCAGUCCUCCUUGGAAAGAAGUCAAUCAAAUACGAGUCUGGAGGUACCCAUUGUGAACAGUGCACCUCAAGUCUUGUCAACUGUCACCGCUACUACUGUUUUCACUCCACCAAUACCAUCUGAUGAAGGCCCUAGCACAAUGUUUGAGACAGGCGCCUCAUCCUCUAUCCCAGAAUAUUCUCCUACCAGACCUUCAAUAGAUGAAGCUUCAAUCAGACUGGCAAAGCACUUGACUCAACACAGUCCAACCUCUUCUUCUCGUGGCAAAGGAAUAUCUUUCAGAGAAGAGCACUUAGGUGAUGACAAAUAUUCUGUGUCAGAACAUCGAGAAGAGAUUGGUGUUCUCUGA